AUGCCUACAGCCGCCGGUUUCAUCCUCAGCACAUUCUUGGGUGCUGUCACCAGAAGAGUUCAGCUCAAUCUUGUCGGCAAGCCCGCUUCCAGAUCAUGGAACGGCCUCACCGGUUACGCGUUGUCCAUCUCUGCCUUUGUAGGAGGAUACCUUGUGAGUGAUCACUUUAUCGAGAGAAACAGAGCCUUGUUGGGUAGAAGAUUGAGUCAGUUGCGUGAGCAGAGAGCCAAGGCUGCUGAAUUCCAUGAGUUUGACUUGGAGGCCGACCAUAGAAUCACCGCUGCCAAGAGAGAGUCCAAGUUCUUUGACUUGCUCAACAAGUACGGAAAGGAAUACAAAUAG